GGCCACUUCCUUUACUUCCCGGAAACACAAGCUUUUAUUCAACAAGAUGGCGACGCUGGCAGUAACUCGGCCACCCUUUGGGGGUUUCAGUUUCGAAAACUGUAAGAGAAAUGCAGUUAUAGAAGGAGAAGUUAACAAAGUUGGAUGCAGUUUACCUGCUGCCCGUAAAACAGGAACUACCAUCUGUGGCGUUAUCUUCAAGGAUGGUGUCGUCCUUGGAGCUGACACAAGAGCCACUGAGGGCAUGGUAGUGGCAGACAAGAACUGCUCCAAGAUCCACUACAUCUCCCCCAACAUUUACUGCUGUGGCGCAGGAACAGCUGCAGAUACAGAGAUGACCACUCAGAUUAUCUCCUCCAACCUGGAGCUGCACUCCCUCUCUACAGGCAGGCUGCCACGUGUGGCCACUGCUAAUCGCAUGCUCAAACAAAUGCUCUUCAGGUAUCAAGGCUACAUCGGGGCCGCUCUGGUUCUGGGUGGAGUGGACUGUAAUGGUCCUCACCUUUACAGCAUCUACCCUCAUGGCUCCACUGACAAGCUGCCCUACGUCACCAUGGGCUCUGGGUCCCUAGCUGCCAUGGCAGUAUUUGAGGACCGCUAUAAGCCUGACAUGGAGGAGGAGGAUGCCAAGCGGCUGGUGCGUGACGCCAUCGCUGCAGGUAUCUUCAAUGAUCUGGGCUCUGGAAGCAACAUUGACCUGUGUGUUAUAACGAAGAGCAAGGUGGACUACAUCCGGCCCCACGACGAGGUCAACAAGAAGGGGAUUAGGUGAGGACUAUACUGUUACCUGGAG